AGCUCAGGCGCCUACACCGCGUUCAGUUUUGGUUCUCGUACUCUACAUAAACCAAAAAACUUACACACCUACUACGAAACAAACGCCUCGACGACUACCGACGCCUCAAACACCUGAGUGUGUGCCCCACCCCCACUUGACCGUCGCGACGCCUAGCACUUUGGCGGUACACACUGAUACAACUCUUUCUGUUUCAACAGUCGAUCAUCGACAAGCCAACCGUAAUCUUACUUUACGUGAACCGCGGAAUUUAACCUAAUUGUUGUCCGCUCUUCAGUUGUUUUUUGUUUUCUACUUCCUCUUUUUCGGUCUCAUCAGCUGUGCGUACGCGCGUGUGCAUGUGAACUACACUGGAACACUGUGACAGUAGUUCAUUCAGGUGCAUUUUUAAGGGUUUUUUUUCAGUUUCUCUUUUGUUGGUUUUGUUUAUUAUUUUUAAUCGGAUUGCUACUGAUGGGUUUCUGGAUGCCGGAAAUAUCGAUUUGAAGAUCGAAUUUUCGCAACGCCACCCCAAGGAGCACCCCACAACCGUGGAGUCUGCUUUUAUAAACAGGAAGAGAGGUAGGCAUCCUCUGGGUGACAACACGUCUCCCCCGCCUGCCGCUACUCCACCACCUCAAUUAAAAAAGUCUCGACACGACGACCCCGGAUCUCAAGCGGCCGUCGGUAUAGAUAUUAUGGAAGCACCCCUGGGUGUCUCUCACAGUCAAAGUAUGGAUUCUGUAAACACUAAUAACGGCGAGGAAGAGGUGAGGACGUUAUUUGUGAGUGGCCUACCAAUGGAUGCCAAGCCUCGGGAAUUGUACCUUUUAUUUAGAGCAUAUGAGGGUUAUGAAGGAUCAUUGCUCAAGGUCACAAGUAAAAAUGGAAAAACUGCUUCGCCAGUGGGCUUCGUGACGUUCAAUACCAGGGCAGGAGCGGAAGCAGCCAAGCAAGACCUGCAGCAGGGCGUAAGGUUUGACCCCGACAUGCCACAGACCAUCCGACUCGAGUUUGCUAAAAGUAAUACGAAGGUUAGCAAACCCAAACAGCAAGCUGCUAACGCCGCCAACACGCACCCAACUUUGAUGCACCCCCUCACCGGACAUUUGGGUACGCCAUUCUUUCCUGGCGGCCCAGAAUUAUGGCAUCAUCCGUUGGCAUACAGCGCUGCAGCAGCUGCAGAGUUACCAGGAGCAGCCCUUCAGCAUGCCACUCUGGUCCAUCCGGCACUUCAUCCACAAGUGCCGCCUUCAAUGACGAUGCCGCAUCCAACUGCUCUAACAUCGGUACACGCGGCUUCGUUACCACAUUUUCUACCGAGUCCUGCCUUGGCUUCUCCUGUAGGUUCGUCAUCUUCACAACCUGGAAUGGGAGUUAGCAACCCGCCUUGUUCCACACUAUUCGUGGCCAAUUUGGGCCAAUUCGUGUCUGAACACGAGCUCAAAGAGAUUUUUGCAAGCUUCCCUGGCUUCUGUCGCCUGCGCAUGCACACGAAAGGUGGAUCUCCCGUCGCCUUCAUGGAAUACCAAGACGUGAGAUGUGCAGCGCACGUAAUGGCUGCGCUCCAAGGCUCGUUUCUCCUUUCUUCGGACCGCGGACCCAUCCGAAUUGAAUACGCCAAAAGCAAAAUGGCAGCAGAGGGAACAAAAGGAGAAGAAACUGGACAAUCUUAAUUCGUACAUGCCUCUAACUACUUGACAGCAACAAAACAUGAUGGUGAUCACGGGACACUGCUGAAGGAGUCCAAGAAAAUAUAAUAAAAAAAACAGAACCGGCUGUUGUUGCAACACUCUUAUAGAGAAUCCUCAAAUCUAUCUCUGUUGACCGUUGUAGUUAUAUUUAGAAUUAAAAAAUAUCUUACAGUAAUCCAAAUGGUUCGCAAGUGAAUCAAACUUGAAUAUUGACGGUGUUUGAGAUCAAAACCGUUUGAGUGAAUUUUAAUGAUAUUUUCAUUUUAAAGCUGUUUGGAUCUUUCCAACAUUCCUGUCAUGGAAUACUUGCGAACCUACUUGAUAUACGUGAUAAGUAUAAGUGAACUGCAUCAAACUAUUUGAGCAGGUUGCUUCAAUACUUCAUUUUCUUAAUAUAUAAAAUGAAAUUAAGCUAAACCAAAGGUGCCCUAAAAGUUAAGUUUUAUAUUUUAUUAGAUUUUUCCAAGGUGUAAGGGAAGUUCUAUUUUUUCAAUACUAGAAUAGUCAAUACACUAUUCUUGUUGAAUAUAGGGUGGUAGAAGAAAGAAAAUAUCAUAUUUAUCCAGAAGUAUAUUUGGUCUGAUUUUUUAACAUAUCAAGAUGUGCUCGUUAUUUCGAGCUAACUUGUAUAAACAAUAAUUACAUAAGUUUCGAAAAAUGAAUAUAUAGUACUUUCCUUACACCAAGGAUUGUUUCUCGAGCUUUCUUUACUAGUAGAACCUAUUGAUAAUCAUCUCAGAAUAGUAUUUAUACUUUUUAAUAUAUUUCUGUUUUUAAAUUUGUAGCAAUAAACCAAUGACUAAAGUAAAACCAAGCCAGCAUAACACGUACAUGGCAGGUGAAAAAAGCUUAAUAAAAAAGCAGACAUAUCAUUAAUUUAAGCGUACCGCACCUGCCUCGUGUAGGAAAAUUUCCUUGUCUAGUAUCAAAAAAUAGUGAACUUGAUAUAGACGGUUAUUGUUCUUUUUUAAUUUUUUCAUGCUAUGGCUUGAAUUGAAAAAUUGAUAGAAUUUUUUCUAGAUACUACAUAAAAAAACAAAAAAAAAUAAAUCUGCGAAGUUAGUUCUAGUGAGUACAUUGUUUUUUGAUUUUAAACAAAACAAAGUAAUAAGUUUCCUGAAAAUUUCUGCCUUUUCCAUCUAAAUGGCACGAUAAAUUAAUAUGAAUAAACUCUCGUUUUCGAAAUUUAAUUUUUGAUAAUAUUAAAUAUAGAUAAAGCUUUUGCUUACUUCUAGAGAUCUUUAUUAGUAAUAUUGAGCAUUUGUUAUCUUGCAAUCUCAAACAUGGAUAAUGCAUGAAGUUAUAUUUAAGAGAAAACUUAGAAGUUUUAUAGUUUUUAAGUGAAUAAAAUUAUUGAUAUCUCAGCUUUUAGUUUGUGAGAUGUAACAGUAAAGCAACGCUGAUAGUUUCAUCAGCUUAAUAUUUUUCUUAAAAAUUUGUUCUAUUCUAUCCCACAUCUACUGACACACACACACACACACACACACACACACACACACACACACACACACACACACACACACACACACACACACACACACACACUCUAUCAUUGAAUUUUGUAAAUGAGCCGUUCGCUAUUGUUUUGUAUCCAGCACAUGACAACAAUUAAUGAAUAUCAUUUUGUCAUUUGUAUAAUUAAAUCAUUUUCUUAAUCUGAUUACUUGACAGUUAACAGUGGAAAAUGAAGUUUCAUUGUUUUCAUAACAAAAAAACUCAUAUCAUAUAAAAAAUAUGUCACGCAUCGUUUUCUAUGUAAUCAAUGUAUUUGUUGAUUUUGCUAAAACCGAUAAGCACCUGGUGGAUAGACGGCGUGUGUGUUUUGGCACUCAUCCCAAGUCAACAAGUUUGGACUAAAAAAAAUUACUAACGCAAUUAUAAUUUUUAUUUCCUCGCGUAAAAAUGAGAAAGACAAAUUUUUAACUUGAGGUACAUGUAGCUCAAGAAUCAGAGAAAAAUUUCUUAUAAAUUUAUCGAAAUAUCCUUUGAUUUUGAAGGCUCAAAAAAUAUGAUACUAAUCUUCGUUAGCUUCUAGAAAACAAACUAUCAUUGUUCUGAUUAUUUCAUCAAUCGCUUUUUUCAAUACAAUAACAAAACAAUAAACGGUUAACAGCAAGAAACUAUCAUUUUUGUUCUACUGAAUAUGUUCAUUUUUGUACCUUUUCACAGGAUGUAUGUACCUUUAUUAUAACACGAGAGAUGAACAAAAGUUAUUAAUAACUCUGUCACUUAAUUGUAUAUAUAAAAAAUUGUCCACUUAUAACAAUACAUAUCGACACUGGAAACAAUACAUAUCUAAAAUUAACAGAAUUCCUAAUAUAAAUUUUAAUAUUGCAUCAUUAUGUCAUUACAAGUUUAAGAUUGGAAUGUAUUUUCUCUCUACUCGUUUUUUCAUGAUCUUCUUUCACGUGAACACUAUUUUCUCCAUAGAUUUGCCUAUAGUUCGCACUAUUUCUUAUAUUAUUCUACCAGCCACCUUAGUUGAUUCAUUCUUAUCAUAUGACCAUACCAAUUUAAAGCUCUUUAUAAUAUGAAUGUUUGUCAUAUCAUUGCCCUAUAUGCAAAUCUGUAGAUUUCUGAUGCUGUCCUAUAUUAUUUUGCCUCCUUUUUUUCUAAAUUGUUUCAUUUUAAUAGCAUCAAUUACGCUUUAAUCGUGUUAAUACUGCUUAGAAUUAGAUAGAUUGAGAUAAAAGGAUACAAAUUAAAACACAAGAUAUGGAUAAAUCGAUGUAGCAGACACAGAAGAUUUUAAAAAAGCUGUAGAAAUAAUAUAUGCCUACCAAAACUAGAUAACAGGUGUUUUUUUACAAGUAUCUGAAGAUUGAAAUACAAUUAGUAAAUACAAUAAUAGAUGACUACAACCAUAUAAAAAAAGAUGUAGGUGUUCCAGAAACAUAAAUAAGUUUGAUAGUGCUACAUAAUAAUAUGAAUUUGGAAGAAAGAAUACAAUACAAUAAUGCACGUUAUAUAGAAAAUAUACACAACUAAAAUUGAAGCAAUUGAAAUAAAUUAUUUGGAAAAAAUAGCAAGAAAAAUAGAAUGCGACUGAUUCAGAAACAAACACAUGAAGGUAAUGAAGUGGCAAAUAUUUGAACUGUUAAUAACAUAUGAUGAGACAUGGAAUGACCAGAACAAUAGGGGAGGUGGAUAAACCAAGGAAAAAGUAAAUAAUAUAAUCAAGAAGGUUGACCUGUUAGAGAAAAUAGAAUAUACUGUGAAGAAAAAGAAUUAGUCCGAGUCUCAGUUUGACACUUUCAAAAAGAUCCAAUAGUGGUCUCCAACAUGUCACUUGAAGUUUUUUUAAAUAAUUUAUUAAGGAGUGAUAAGUACAAUUUUUACAUAUAAGUUGAAUUUCAAAUGUUUGCUUUGUAGAAAACUACACCAUAAGUUGUCUAGAUGAUAUUAUAUUUUGACUCGAUAUAGAAUCUCUUGAAGUAAUUUGAAAUGUUCUAUAUACUGUUUUUGCUUACUUCUAGUCUAUAUCUACAUUCAAUAUUCAAUCUCCUAUACUACUUACCAGGAGAUCGUAUUUCCAAUUUAUAUUGAAUAUAAUAUCGUGCAUAUCGUGAAUAUCUAUACGUAAUUAAACUCUAAUGAAUGAAAAGUUCACGCACUGCAACAUAUUUUGAAAUAUCAAUUGUAUUGCUUCCAGUGGCAGAUAUAUAUCGAAAAAAAUAUAUAUAGUUAAAAAAUAUCUCUAAUGCUAUAAGACAUCACAGUUUAAAAUUGGAUAACUUUUGCUUACCCAUGAUAGAGCACAUUAUAUUUCGAAUAAACGAUAACACUAACGAUAUUUUUCUGUCAAUUAUCGUGAUAACAAAAUAAAAUAUCUAAAUUAAAAACUGAAUCCGACCUGAAAAUGUGCUUUAUAUUUAAUAUGGGUACAUAACCCUUGGUUAACCAAAGUUUAAGUUAGAAUAACUUUAAUAUAUAUUUAUUUAAGACAAGUUGUAUUUUAUAUUUACUAAUAGUUUGAAUGUAUUAUUUUUGUAUAAUUUUAUAAUUUUUUACAACUGGUACAUCAGUCAAAAAAUGUAUAAUGUUGAAUAUUUUGUACAUGGCGAUUCAGAUAUUCAUAAACAAAAAAUUACAAUCUCUAUUUUUACUUAAAGAAAUAAAUGUAAACAGUGAUUCUUCUUAUCGUUCGUUUUCUUUACUGAUUCGCUGUGUACAUAUAAUAAUAAUAAGUAGUUUAUAUUCUAUGGUAGCAUAGUGCUUUUUGUGUGAAGUUUAUGUGAUAUAUCUAUUACUAUCAUUAUAGGUGUAUUUUUAGAAUGGGAUUUAUAUCCCUUAAUAGGUAAUCUCCACGGUAAGCAAUCUAUUUUUAUGUAAAAAAUUAAAAACGAGGUUUUGAACUAUGUUUAUAAAACAGCUAAAGAAACGAUGAAAAAUAACCAUAAAUAAUUUUGGAAGUAUCUAUCAUCUGGUUAUUACUAUCAUAAAAAUAUAAUUUAAAUCUCUAGAUUUACUAUCAACCUAAACGGCACGGAAAUCAUUUUCAUCCUACAUUAAAUUAUUUAUUUCAUAUUCAUUUCUCUAAAAGUAGGGAAGCCUACUCUUGCAGGGGUAAAGAUAAGGUGCUAAAAUGAGGAAAUAUACUUUUUACAUACAUUAAUAAAAAAAAUUACAGUUCCAACGCUUCACAGAUAGAGAACGUUUUAAAUUGGGGAUAGAAAAAUCUCCUUCAAUAGUUUUAAUUAAAAUCACAUUGAAUGAUCUGAAAACAUUUCAUUCAACUUUACAACAAGGUAUGUAAUGUUAGGAGUGUUGUUACCCGCAAUAUCUUUGCAGCCGAAUGUCAACAGUUAUUAUUCAUUCUUUGACUUACUUCCAUGAUUUUUAUAUCAAUUGAAGUUACCUAGAAAAAUUUUUAUUUAUUGUCCGACGAAUGGGUUUUAUGCUGGAAUUGAUGAAAUAGUUGCGUCAAAUAAAAGUUGUUAAAAAAGUAGUUUUCAACAAUGGCCACCGUUUCUAAGAUAUAACGUAUGAAAAAAUUGUAACCUACAUCAUAUAGACAAGUCUGCAGACCACCAUGUGGAAUACAUGGCUUCUAUCGUGUUAGAUGGUAGGUUUAUAUCACGGUCUAUUGUGAUAGUUUUUAAUUUCAAACUAUUGAAUAAUAACAAGUAAAGUUCCAACAUAUGUCUUCUCGAUAGUAUCGAACCAGGGCCGGCUUAAGAUUUAUAAGGCCCGGGGCUAAAAUAAUGACGGGGCCCCCUUAAGGAAUUGGAAAACCCGGAAAAAUUCACAAAAUAGUAUCAAUACGUUAGAUUUGUGGUAUCAACACAUCAAAAAAUACAGAAUGAUUUCCAAAUGAUGUGGCCCUCUUGGACCUAGGGCUCGGGGCUAUAGCCCCCCCAAGCCCCUAGCUUAAUCCGGCCCUGUAUCGAACGAAUUCAACUCUAUUGCUGAUUCAAUAUUGAAUGAAUAGUCGCAUUCAGAGCUAGUACAGUAGAGUGUCGAUAAUCCGAACUAAUGUUGUCAGAGGUGGUUUGCAUAAUAAAAAAUAUCGGAAAAUCGAAAUUUUAGUUUAUUAAUUUUUUUAUAUAUAAUAAAGAAAAAGAAGUUAUGAAACAAUAACACACUUACAAAUUGUUUAAUUUAGCUACAUGUACAUAAUUAAAAGAACAAAAAUAUGUAUUUACUUGUAAUCUAUCCGCAAACAGUCACAUGAACGGAGAGGGUUUCGCAGAAUCAAAUGCAAUGAAGAAAUUAGAUACAGAGUUCUAAGUAAACAAAUACAAUAAUUUCAUUGAACAGACACAUACUUGAACCAGAUACAAAUAUGUAAAGAAGCAGUUUCUGAUAAAUAUUUAAUGGUUUUCGUUAUAGACGUUCUGAGAAAAAUAAUCUUAUUUUUAUUUAAAUUUAUUCAAAAUAACAAAAACCGGUUCCGAUAAUCGAACGUUUGGAUUGACGUUCGAAUAAAUGAAGAUCUGCUGUAUAUGCAAGAGAUUAAAACUUUUGUGCAGCCUCGUUCAAUAAUACAUCCCUUUUCACAAUUACAUAAAAUUUUGUGAGGGGUUGUUGAUAUGCCUUGGGUUUCAAUGUUAUUUCGAUCAAGUCUCAAUCCCAGUAUUUACGAUUUGUAUUACAAUUUAUCUAAGUAGCUAGUUUUUUAAGAGCUGCGUACAUUUGACGAAAGGCUUUAUAAGAAAUAUCACUUUUUUGGUUGGAGUUCGAGUAGUAAUACCACUGAGUUUCAUCCCCAUUAACAACAAUUCUAGUAUUUGUUAAGUUACAUUGUUGCACUGAUAUCCUGUUGUUUCAAUCAUUUCGAGCAGUAAUUUUUUCCAUUAACAUGAAAGUACCAUAAAUUUAGCGAAUAAAUAUCAGUUAUUAUUUUAUUCGAAAACUUUGACGUCUCAGUAUUUUAUUAUUAUACCAUAUUCGUCUAAAAUAACGUGGAAUGCUUCUUCAUUACACCACAGAAGGCGGUGCCUUUUCAAAUAAUGCUGUAUAUCUUAAUAAUAAUAUUGGUAUCAAUAUUCACUAUUUGGAAAUAAUCAGGAAAAUCUGAUUCUUGUUUUUUACGCAUUCUCAUUUCGUUUAUUUAACUUGUAAUAAAGCUUGGAUUUGUAUACGUGGCGUAUUACGAACAUUACAAGUUUUUAGACUGUUAGAUAUAUCUCAGAAUCAGUGGCUCUAAGAGAUUGAUACGUUUUUUAUAGUUAAGUAUAUGAAUUACAAUUUGUGUCUUAUCUCGUUUUAUGAUAAUAUCUAAUUUUAUGAUAUAUACUAAUAUUUGACCUUGAAUAACUUCCUUUUCAAUUACAGGAACUUAAUUCUUAAUUCUUAAUUUAUUUAUAUUCGUGUUCAGAAAAUUCUUUUAGCUUCCCUGCAGUUUUUAGAACUAAUCUGACCGAACUGUACAUUGUAUCAUUUAUUUUGAGAAAGUUAUAUAAAACGAAUAACAUUUACAUCAAUAUUCAAAGCUUGGAAAAAAAUUUUUGCUCAAAUUUUGAAACAUACAAUAAUACGCUGUCACGUCCUCAAGCACAAACGAAAUUAAAUUUACUACCAAAACAAUACGAAAUAUAUUUCAAUUUCUAUCCCCUAUAAAUUUUUGAAACAGCGUAUUUGUGUUUAAAGAAUCGAACUUGAAUAAAGUUAUAAAAUAAGAUACAGGCUCCGCAAGUGCAUUUUUCCCUAUAACCAACAGAUUCGUGAGAACACUGCCACCUCGGUAGUACGUCUCUGCCACUUUCGAAAAUACCAUUUAAAAAAAUGACCAAUCUUCCGGAACAAAUCGGCUGAGAGAGACAUUGCGUAGAAACUUUUUGAUCGAUUAUGGAUUAAUUUAUAACCAUAAUAAUUUUCGUAUACAGCUUCUUAUAACGCUUCUGUUUCAUUGUACGAAAUAUUGAAUACUUAAUGGAUUGAAAAAAAGGUUAUUAAUAAUAUUUUUAAAACAAAUUAGGCUUAAACACAUCUAUUUUCAUAACAGUAAAGCCACUUAUAACAUGUUGGCACGGAAGAGUAAGGAAUAUUUACAUUUUGAAUAAUUGGUAUAAUGGAAAUACCGAAAGUUAUAAUAAACAAAUUAGUAUUUCUUGGAAGUUUUAACCAACUAAACCUCUUGAACUGUUAAUGACGAUGUAAUUAAUGUUUCUUUCUAUUUUAUUAUAGUUCUACCUCGUUUUUUCAUCUAGUUAUUAAUGAAACUUAUAAGUAGUCAUGUAGGCUAAAAUUAGAUAUAAAUUACUCUUUUUAUAUAAUUAAUUAUAGAUAGCGUACCGUGGUUAUAACUGCAGAUAAAAAACAUGUCGCUCUCCCAUAUCAUUUUUACUAAAACAGAUAUCUCUGCCAGGUGUCUCAAAAUAUUUUUGUAUUUUGAUCUCGUUGAUGGAAACAGAAGUUACCAAUUUUGGUGAAUAUAAUCAAGAGUACGGUGGAGUAAAAAUUAUGGGAAACAAUUUAUCCAAAAAUUCGAUUUGUGUUUCGACAAUGAAAGGAUUGUUUGACAAAUAUUUUGAUUCUCUGGUUCCAGACAGGGUUGUUUUUUACCUUCAAACGUAUUUUUCUUAUAUGGAAUGAAAGGGUAGAUCAAAACAAUUUUAAUCAUAAUUAAAAAUAUAUAUAAUAAUGCAAAUAGUAAACCUUCUUGAUCAGAUGAAAAAAUAUUUAAUUAUUAAAAGUUUCUAUAUGUUUCCAUAAUGCAUUAUUAUGAUUAUCAAUUAUCAAAUAAAGGUCCUUGAUUUGAAUACCAACAACUUGUUGAAUCUAAUAUUAUAGAUUAAUAGUCUCCCAGAAGGGGCUUUGCUAAUAUACUUGGAUAUGCAAGAGAUAUCUUACUCUUUAUCCUUUUUCUGAUAUUCUAUCUGGUGCAAUAUUACCUUUUUGUCUAAUCUUUAUGCCAAUGACUGUUUUCCUCGGAUAAUAAAUAUCUUCCUUCUCAUUAUAUUUAUUAAGCAGACUUAUUUUCAAGAUUCAACACCGCUCUAUUUAUUUAUAAUUCAUUUAUAAUUCCUCCUGCUCUUAUGAUGGAUAAGUUUCUAUAAAUAUAACUAUUAAAAUAUUUUAAUUUAGUCUUUCACACAGAGGCUAAAACUAACUAUGUUAUCACUAAAAUGCAUCAUAUUAAUAGUAUUACUUGGUUGCCCAUUUCAUAUAGUUGCUCGUUUUAUGAUACAUACUUAUUGAGGAGAUGUUCGGAGGUCCUCAAAGCUUUAAAUAUGUCUGCAAUUUACAUUAACAAAUUUCUAUUUUUACUGAUUAUACGCAAUAGUUUCUACACUUCUUAGCAGAAAGUUUGGGGCUUCAAUGUAUGGAAAAUAGGUAUUUCUUAUAUGAACUUGUGUUUCCACGCUCCCGUCUUCAUUAUAGUUUUACCAACAGUUGAAAAUACUUCUUCUUCUUAGUUACGCUCGUUAGUGCAGAUAGUCUGAAAAUGACCUCGAAAGUUUGAGGUUACAUCAGCAGAGACCAUUGAAUUCAACAUAAACGUAGAAGAACUUUUAAAGCAGUGAAUUUUGCGAACUAUGAGAACCAUUCAAUUUCUUCAAAAGUAUUUAAUCAACUCACAUAUUCAUCAAUUGCAGUUACAAAAUUUUAAAGUAAAAAAUUGAAAAAAUGGUUGAAUGUUCACUCUCUUGAAAACGGCUUGUUUCACGGCAAUAUACAGACCUCUUUUUUUCUUUCCUUAAUAAAAUUUUCAGAGUGCCGUUUAGAAAAGAUUUUGGUUUUUUUGGUCCAGUAUAAGGAUGACAUGAAGCUACAAGAAUACAGUUCUAAAAAUUCAUUGUUAGAAGACUGCGAAUGGGCUAUAUAAUAUGCUUACUUACUACUCCUGCAACUGUACUAUCUAUUGAGCAGAAAAUGAGAAUGAGAAUUAAACUUAAAAAAUACUUUUCCCAGUUAUUUUACUAAAGCUUUACAAUUAUGUUUUCCAAGCUAUAAUAUGUCAUGUUCCUUUUCCAGUUGCCAUAAGCUGUUGAAGAUCUAAUUUAAAUAGAAAUAUUUUCCAUCAUAACAUACAUCUAACUAUUUUAUUUACUUUCCCUUCUCAAUUAAGACAUAGCUUUUACUAAAAAAAUAUUUGUGGUAACCCUGGCAUUGUAAAGGUAUACAAAAGUUAUCAACAAUCACAAAUAAUAAGAAUUAUUAUUCGAGUUAACAUUUUUAACCAAUUUUAGUGCUUCAAUAGUUGAAAAAUGAUUCAAUCUACCCCUAUCUUUCUAUAUACCAAUACGUUUACAACACUUUGGAUAAAAACAAGUUUUAUCGUUAGUGCUAAGACAACCCUGUAGGUAAAAUAUUGAGAUGCGAGUAGCGAUUGUUCUGCGUUGAAUUUCCGUCCAAACAUGUCCAAUUCUGGCGCAUGUGCAGCUCAAAACGAGCUAUAAUGGGUAUGGUGGGUGCGGAUCGCGGGUGAUCAGGCCAAAAAAACAUACUGUAUUUAUGUUUACCGGCCGCUUUCGGGGACUAUUAUAAAACAUAUCAGCUUAAUUAUUGAUAAAUUAUAAUACCUGUUAAUAUGCAAUCCGACCUUUAUUAAAUGUCGUCUUGUAACUGUGUUUUUUAUCUUCAGAGUUAAGUGUAAAAUUAUAUGUUCUUGUCAAAUAUAUUGUGGGAAAUAUUUUGUAACCUUGAUGUAAAACCUUAACAACUCCAAGAUACGACCAAUACAUAACUUUGUAAAAAAAUCAAUACUACCAAACAUAAUAAGCUAACCAAUUCAGUUGCAAUGCAUUCAAUACUAGUAGUACUCAUUAACGAAAUCAUUAAGAGUCUAAUUAUUGGUGACCGCUCAAACCCUCCAGAAUCGUGAUUUACAUGUACAUCAUGAUAUAAAUCUUAAUUAACAAAAUAGAAGAUGCAAUCUUGGUCGCCAUCUCAUUAAUUCAAACAACCAGGCUUCAGAUCGAUACGAUUUAUGCGAAUUCAAAUAAAAAAGCUGGUACAAAGUGACAGUUGGGUGAAUAUUUCAUCUUUUAUAUAAUUUAUUAAAUAAAAUAUAUUUUGCACCAUCACCAACACCAACCACCUCUAAUGUAGGUGAUUUAUUGGUGUAGAAGUUGUGCUUGGUUUCAUUAUUAUUUUUUAUUUCGCCUAUAUUAUUACCUAAUUUAUUUAUGUUAUUUCACUAUGUCCAGUUCUAAAAUUAAAUUAUAUGGAUUUCUAUAUAAAUAAAUAAUUAUUUCAAAGUCAAUUGCUUAAUUGACGAUAUGUUAAGGUUAUACAAUUAGGGCUAAAUGAUGUGAUAAAAUUAUCAACGGUUUUAUAACUAGCCACAAUCGCCUUCUCUGCUUUAGGUAAUAGGUUUAUAAAAAAACCACUUUCUAAACAUAUCAUGAUCUGUGCCCCUUUGUCAAGUGACGUCUUAAAUUUUAGCAAUUAAUAAAUAUAAAAAAAGAUUUGAUAAUAUUUAAGAUAUGAUUAUGAAUUUACAAUUUAAAGUUAUGAUAAAACAAAACUUUUAAAACUAGCUGUAUCCUAUUUUGAGGAAAUUUUAAGAAAAUGCGUUACUUAACAUAAAGUAUAUUCGAAUUUCAUUGAACGUAGUUAUUUAAGUGAAAAAAAUAUAAAACUGCAUGACUAGAUGUUGACUUGAGAAGGUUUGGAGAUCUAUAUCCCAAUAGAUCUUUUUUUAAGAGCCAAUCUUCUCAAAUUGGCAAAUGAAAAGUUGAUGAUAAGAAAUCACUUAAUACUAAUUUCAUUUAUACUCGAAGACAUAUGAGAAUUAUAUAGAAACUAUAUUGCCUCUACUUAGCAGCGCUUGGGAAAAUUUCUAGAGAAUGAACAUAGCUAAAUCUGUUAUUAGUAUAAAAUAAAUAUUUGAAUAAUAAUUUUUUAUGCCAAUAUUUGUGAUCCGAUAAACGGUUUCACCACAAUGAUUUAUAAAAAUUAUUGGUAUAAGAAUAUAAAGCUACAUACAGUACUGAUCAACAGUCAGUAAAACGAACCGAGCAUCAAACAGUUUUGAUUACGAUCAACCUAACAACCAACAGAACGUUCAUGCUGCUUCCUUAUUUUUCAAAGAGUAAUAAAAUAAAAAAAAACUUACAGGAGCAGUAGCAUGUAGGUAUUUAUAUUUAUUGUUCGUUAACUGAGAAGAAAAAAUUGCAAUAAAUUUUUCUCACGUGCAUUUUGCUCUUAAUUUUAUUAUAAUUUUGUGAAUCCUUCCCCACAACUCUCUCAAUAUCAAUCAAAUAAUAUUCUUUACACUUAAUUUUGUAUAAACAAAGCAUUAAAAUCUGAUAGAUAAAAACAGAUCUGUUCGCCGGUUUGCCUUGACCUGUCCAAAUUUACAAAAGCUUUCGCCUGAUUUUCCUUUGAUAUUGGAUUAAAAAACUGUUACGAGUUGCAAAAUAUCUUUUGAGACCGCCCUAAUGUUCUCAUUUCCGUUCUAUUUGAUGUUCGGCGUAAUGUAUGAAACUUGUUUAAAAUACGUUUACUGCAAACUUUAACUAGUGCAGGAAUAUUGCUUUAUUUUUGCUAAUUUAUCUCUCAGUUUUAUUGCGUAUAGAAGAAAAUAAUAAAUAUAUUUCUACUAGGUCUUAACAAGAUUUAAAUAUUAAUCAGCUACAAUAACAUUUUAUUUUUCAUUACUAUUGACGAAAACUAUUGCCUAUGUACACACUGCGCAAAAUCUAGACAUAUUGUCUAAUAUUUAUCCAACUCAAUUUGUUCAUCACAACUAGUUCGAUGUAAAAUUACUUUUAUUACAAUUGAGUAAUUCAACUCUGUGAAAAGUACUUAUCUUCUUUAAACAAAAAAGAAUAAAACAGUUGUAGUAAUUCAUAUGUUCUACUAGAGCUUUCAGAUUAGAGCGUCGUUUGUCUGGAAUAUUUACAAUUAAACUGUUAAUUUGAUAACGGAAUGACUUUUCUCAAGGCGUACAUAUGCACUAAAAAUAGAAUUCAUAACUUAUUUAUGUCUAUACUGUAUAGUACAUCUGGCAACAUAUCCCAUUCAUGUUUAACGAGAUCCUGGAACGACCCGGUUAUAACAACACAUUAGUAUCGUAGUAGUUUGAAGAUAAUCAUACAUAAUCAAGUGAUAACCGAUAGUUACUAGAUAUGGAAUGACAAUUGGCUGUAGGAUGUUAUCAUGGUACGACAUACCUGCUAAGGAACCGUCCAGUAAAAUGAAAUCAGUUAUCGCACCAAUACUGAUACCUCCCAAAAUUAUGAUCGUAUCGACUUGAUGAAAAGUUUAUAGGGCCUGGUUCUCUUCGAACACGCACUCAUAUCUAUCCUUAAUAAAUUUCAAAUCGAGAUUCCUGCUAGACCAACUUUCGUUUGUCCAUAGAAUGUGUUCUUAUGUUCAAACUAAGCGUGUUCCUCAAUUUCCCUUCCAGCUCUCAAAUAGCAUUUUCAUAUUUUCACUAAAUUUGCUUGCAUGUAAUGUUCGAUGUACUGUCUCAGCUGAUACUUCAUUUGGUGUUUAAUGUGAAUCUAAGAAACAGAAACAUUAUGACUUCUCUUAGCUAUCAAUUACAAAUAAGGUCUUGUCCCGAAUAAGAGACACCUAUAGCCCGCGUCAUUUCAUCGUGAGUAAAAUGCAUUCAUUCCCUCAUUUCUAACAGUGACUUUCACAAACUGUAAAAUCUAAUGAAAUCAACCAGUGGUGACAACGAACAAUAGCAGUAAAGGAGACAGUACCCAUUGACGUGUUUUGAUUUAUAUUCCGAGGUGAAAUAGAUGGCCUUUACCGAUUUUCUCCAGCUUAGCUACAAUAUACAUGGAUUUUGCGUUGGUGUGUAUUAGAUCCAGUUACAAAACUCACUUAAACUAAUUCAACGUGGUAACCAAAUGUUUUUCUAGGUUUUAAGGUAUCAUUUUAUGGUUAGAUAUACAUAGACUCAAUUUAAGAAAUAUUAUUAGUAUGCUACUAGAAAAAUCUAGAAUCCAUAUUUAGUGGGGUUCAUCAUGAGUCUGGCUAAUCCUACAACAAGACAGACCUCAAUUAUUGAUGUAAAUAAAUGUUGAACAACAUAAAAACGUCAAUGAUCAUCAAAUGGAAUAAAACAACAUAGUGCAUCUCAUUAAGAUCCAUAUUUAGUGGGGUUCAUCAUGAGUCUGGCUAAUCCUACAACAAGACAGACCUCAAUUAUUGAUGUAAAUAAAUGUUGAACAACAUAAAAACGUCAAUGAUCAUCAAAUGGAAUAAAACAACAUAGUGCAUCUCAUUAAGCAGCUGUUAAGAAGCUUGUAUACAUCAGAGUAACCAAAUUAAGACACUUAGGAACCCAUUAAAAUGAAAUGAACGUGAAAAGAAUCAAAUCAAAGUCAAUAACAUCUAUUACAGUAUUGAUCUAGAGAAAUACGAAUUUCAUUAUACAAACAAAAACAGAUCAGGUUGAGUUGAUUAAUAUAAUAUCUGAGACAACCCUAUAAUAAAUAAAGAUGUCUUGUGGAAGUACUUUAUGAGAAUCAGAAAACUCAUAACAUCUAGGAAUACUUUUAUAAAAAAAAACUUAUAUUUUCGGACGUGAGAUUUAUAUAUCAAAGUAUAAUCUUGUGUUCACCCAGAAACAUUUAGAAAUUUUGAAGAUAAUGAAGGUAAAUUCAAAUAUACUAUUAUUAUUUAAUAAAGGAAUUAGUCAAUUAAAUGGGCAAUAAAACCGCAAUCUUAAUGCUUGAAAAUACGUAAUAGCAUUUUCUUAAAAACGUGAUAAUGCAGUGAAUGGAAUAAAUUGAAAAAUCAACUAACCGCAGAAAAAUUAUUUUAACAGCCGACUUGAAAAAGCUUAACUCACUAUUCACUUCAUGAUCAAUAACAGCAAAAUAUUAUAAAUAAAUUAAAUUAAUGUUGAAUAUUACACACGUUGAGUUGUUAACAUAAAAUAUUGUUAUGCUUAAAUGAUAAGUUCCAAAAAAUUGUACGAUGUAUUUUCGGAAUUUAUUGGUUCUUCAUAAGGUUCUUUAUAAUAUAUUUUAUUAAAAAUUGAAGUAUAUAUGUUACAAUUAAAAUCCGUUUUCAGUUAAUUCUAGUUUUGACAAAAGAAGAUUAGUUUUCACAAACCCAUUCCGUUAAGACUUGUUUUCACUAGUCAAAACUAGUGUUGACUAGUACCCUCGGCGUUAAGACUAGUUAUUUACAUUUUUCACUAGGAAAUACUAAAAUUUACUAGUUUCUCAGUUGAAACUAGUUUUCAUUGGAGAAUUUUACUAAUGGAAAAUAGUGUUUCCAAUAGCAAAAUUCAUUGUUUUGAAUUUUUAUUCUUAUAGAACACUAAAAAGUUAGAAUUUUUACGGAGCAUAUUAUUUUUCUUUGUACAAACCGCGAUUAGUAACUCAAGAUUUUUUCCAGAAGUAUCUUAUGAAACCUUGCCAUCCACCUAAGUCGGUGGAUAAUUUGCUAAAAGAUAAAAUUGUAUCUGGGACUCCAUCCAACGGUAGAAAUAACUCCGUACUUACAGUGUAUUUAGAACUAUAAUACGGACUAAAAAUUUUCUUUCAAUUGACUCUAGAUUACACUACCCAAUAAAAAGAUGAAGUUACCUCUAGUUGGAUUAGUAAAAACUAGUUUCAACUGGAGAGGUUGGUGAGGUCAAAACUAAAAUUGAAAACGGGCUUUAACUGUAACAUAUCCAUUACCAACGGGUAAGAUUUGUAUAAUCAAUAAGGAAUAGUUUUAAUAAUUGAAUUAAUCAAUUCGAUAAUUAUUUUAAACAACAAACUUUGAAUAACACAAUAUAAGAAAAACUUUAUAAAAUGAUAGUUUAUGGAAAAAAAAGUUCAUACCUUUGGCCACUCUUUGCAAAUAUUCUAAGAACAUCUGAAUCAGUGAAGAAUAAUAUAAAUUAGAAGGAUUAAAGUGUGAUUAGAUGAAUAAAAUACAACCCCACAAUUCUUAUAAAUGAUUCAAACUGAAAACGACAAAACUUGAUGAAGUUAUUGUUCUAAUAUACAAUUUACAUACUUCUGGUAUGUGAAUAUACUGAGAAUAACUAGAAUGAAUUAACGAUAAUAAAUAUGAGAUUGACCAAACAAACAAAAACAAAAAUUCAAAAUUCCAACAAUAAACAUUUCAAUUCGUGUUUUUAAAACUGAAUUCUUCCGUUUACCUUAAUAUCCGGAUGAGUGUUAGUAAUGGUUAUUCCAUAUAGCCUAUUUUUUUAAUAAAUACCAUCUUUUUAUUCGUCUCAAGAAGAAAAAAUUAUAUCCUUUACUUCACUUUACAUACUCACGUUUCCAUACCUCAUUUCCCUUUUGACUGUCAUGAAAAAAAUCUCUCAAAACUCAAAACUAAAAUAGACACACUCAAUCGACUCUCCAAUUAUGUAAUUUCGAAAUUUGAACAUUAGUAUUUUUCUAAUGUUUGAAAAACAACUUAUAAUUUUGGUUUCGUUGUUUAUUCAGACUCUGGUUGUUGAACCAAUAUCAGUUAAUCAGAGGCUCUGCAUCGGUGGGCUUACCUAACCCAAACCCACAGUCAAUAUAUAUGUGUGGCAGCUGAAUAUAUUUCUAAUUUCAUUAGUUUCUUUGUCAGAAUCUUCUAAAUUCAACUUUUCUAAUUACGUGUUCAAUUAUUGAAACGGAAACUCAUUUUAAAACAAAUAUUCUUAUUCAUAACUUUCUAUGAUACUUCGAGGUAUUCAUCUUGCAAUUACAUAAAACACUAUUCAUUUGAAUAAAGUAGACAUUUCAAAUUCAUAAUAGAAUAUAUCCAGUUAAAUAUGUUAGAUAACAUUUUCUUUCGCCGAAAAACUAUAUAACCUAUAUAAAGUUGUACAAAUGUAUAUUAUUUACAAUAUUAAUGCAGCUUAACAAUAUUCAACAUUAAAUUGAACCUCUCAUUUCAUAAGGAACUUCAAUAAAAAACAAAUUGUUUAUUUUACUGUAUAAUUUUGUUGCAGUUCCUAUUACAUCCGCUGUGCUAACCACCUGCUAGCUUAUCUAGUGCUGGUGGUUGUGUUACAAGCUAAACAGCUGCUAAUAUUAUAGUAUGUUUUAUAUAAGCAGUCAUUACCGGCCACUAUAUAGAUUGGAUGUGGAUUAAUAAGAAAUAUUUCAUUUCAAUAACGAGUACAGUUAGUUCAAAUUUAAUUGAGAAAAAAAUGUAAUCCAAGGCAACAUCUGUCAGUAUAUAGAUUGAAGUGUGUAAAAAGUCACAUUUUACUGGUGUAAAAGUAAAUUAUAAAUUUCCAAAAAUCGAUGAAUAAUAUUUAAAAUAGUUUAUGUAUAUAAUUUCAGAUAUAAUUGGUAUAAUAUUAUAAAUAUAUAGCCAAUAUAUUAUUGGCUAUAUAAUUGGUAUUUCUCAAAUUUCUAUUAGGGAUAUAUGAAGAUUUGGUAAUUCUUUUGAUCCCUGAAUGUUUAAAACAAAUCUUAAGAUUCGGAUGGAAUUUAAUUAUUUCAGCAAAUAUUCAAUAUACUCCAAAUAGUUAAUAAUUUAUUUUUAUUGCUGGUUGAGAAUGAUUCCAGAAAACACACAAUUUUUUAAAAUUGUUCAAUAGAUAUUUUAUUUAUGAAUACCAUAGUAAAUUAACUAUUCAAAGAAAACAUGAAUUUCUGAUAUAAACCAAUGCUUUGGAUCUAAAAUUGAAUGUAAAAAAGUUGUGUUUGGAAAUCGUUUACAAUUUCUUGAACAUAAUAUGACUUUUCAGCAUUAUUAUAUAUAUCAUAUGGUAUAUAUCCAUAUACAAUUAGCAUAAAUUGGUGAUAAAAUUAUCACCAUUUGAAUAUAUAUUUUUGUUUAACUAAGUACAGAUAUAUUCUCAAAAAACACGCAAAAUAUUAAUGGAACAAGUUCAAUUGCACAUAUCAAAUAAAUUUUGAAUUCUGUAACUUCUCAAUACUUAUUUGAACCAAAAAUAUGGAAUAUCUUCAAAGAUGGUACCGAGAGCUAAAAUAUUCUAUAAUAUAAAUAGACGGUUGCAGUUACUAAUUUUGUUUCAUUAUUCUUAUGUAGGCCGCUUGAAAUGAUGCAGGAGAACGUGCAAGAAAUUGCAUGAAAAUUCUUAACGCCGCUUGACAUGAUGCAAUGAAACGUGCAAGAAGUUGCAUGGAAUUUCUUGCAAGAUCAAAAUAGUGCAUAGACUAUUAUUUCCCAUUUCUUGACAUUAAGGCCGCUUGUCAUGAAGCAAUACAACGUGCAAUGCAUAUUUCUUUCAAUUGUUUCAUGCAAGAUCUCGCACUUGCAGCUUUAUCGGUUUUGUACCAUUUUUAUUGCGUGCAAGAUGCAAUUCUAGGGAGAAAUCUAGUUACUUUUGGCAUAACAACCAACCAAAUGUCAGUCUUAGAUCAGCUGACUUUCGUAAAACUAAUUAUUUCAACCAUGAUAACAAAUAUGAGCAAAAACAAAAUCGAAAUAAGGUUAAAAUUACCUCGAGGUCGAAAUGAUUAGUUUUACGAAAGUCAGCUGAUCUAACACUGACAUUCGGUGGGUUAAGCCAAACGUAACUAGAUAUCUUCCUAGAAUUACAGCUUGCACAUAAUAAAAAUGGAACCAUAUCGAUAAGGUCACAAUUGCGAGAUCUUGCAUUAAACAAUCAGCUGAACUUCAUUUGCGAAUGCUUUUGGUCAAGAAAUAUUGCGACUUUCAUUGGAUUGCACGUUAUAUUGCAUUAUGUCAAGCGACAUUUACAAGAAAUUGCAUGCAAUUUGUUACAAAUUGUCUUGCAUCAUGUCAAGCGGCCUUUGAAAGAUCAAAAUAUUGCAUGAACGAAUAUUGCGCGUUGCUUGAGAUUAUGCAAGUUUCUUACCAUUGCAUCAUGAAUGCCACUAAUCAAAAUUUCUUAAGUAAAAGUAAACAUUCUACUAAGCUCAAUUUAUUUAAUAUUUAGUGGGAGUUUAAAAAAUGAAAAUAACAAAGUUACGUUAAGUAAACAACAAAAAGUGGUCAGUGCAUUACUGGAAAUAAUUAUAUCUGCUUCUGCCUUGCUUUUGGAGUCUGAUGGACAGAAAAGAACACUCAGGCGAUGGUGGGCCAGACCAAGGCAGAUAGAACAUAGAGAAACAUGAGUUUAGCUAUAGAAUUGGAUGAGAAAACAUACAAAAAUUAUAUGAGAAUGAAGAAACAUUUGAAAAACUUGAAAAUAAAACAAUAUGAUAACUAAGAAAUCCUUGGCGAGAGACGUAAUAUCAGCCGAACAGAAACUCAUUUUUCCCUAGAAGAGUAAUAAAAAUAGAACUGAACCAAUAAUGUUGCAAGUGCGAGAUCUUGCAUGAAACAAUCAGCUGAAAUUCAUUCGCCCAUGCUUUUGAUCGAGAAAUAUUGCAUUUUGCAUUGCAUUGUACGUUGUCUUUCAUCAUGUCAAACGGUCUUUACCAAUAUUUCAUUUACAACUGUUCUCUGUAUGAAUUUCGCUGUGUACAUUUCAUAAUAGUACCUAUGCAGAACAUAUAUGGUAGAUUUUUUCAUAAUUAAUAUGAAGAUAGUUAUCUUCAGCAUUACGUUAAACUAAAUGUAAGUAUUGGAUAUUAAUGUUUUUGUCGGAAACGAGGCAGUAUAAAAAAUAUCACUUAUUUCCAAAAGUACAGUACCUUCAUUUUUCAUUAUAUCGAAAGUUGUUAUAAAAAAUUAAUAAAAAUUAUGAACUAUAUAUAAUUAACAUUUAGCUCACGUGUUAUUGUAUGUUGAAAUGUCAUUGGUAAAUGACUCUUGUUAGUAUACAUUAUCAUUCAAAAAACAGGGUUACAUCUGGAAGACCAAAAAAUUUUUGAAUUACUAGGUAGGUGAGUUAAAAUGGCGGGCUCUCACAUUUAAGCCAACAUAGGACCAUUGUAAUUCUUUUUUGAACUAAUCUCUUCUUCCUUAAACUCUAUGGAACGAUGGAUUAACUUGGCUAUAUGCCUGAUUUCCAGAUAGAAGACUUCGGCAUGCUACCCUAUAGUAUUGAAUCUAAUUUCAUCGCCUCUCUUGCAACUUGCUUCAUAUUUUAUUUUUGACAUCUUAUUAUUGUUGUAUUGUGUACUUUUUUCUUGAUGUCUGCUUUUGAAUAUUUUUGCUGCUUACUAAUAAGUUCCAUGGUUUUUACUUACAUUUUGUAAGAAUUAUAGUAUAUUUGAAUAUAGUUCACAAUUUUAAAUAAAUCUUGAUAACACUCUCUGAUAUUAAAGAAAUUGAAGAUACUUACCUUUCUAGCUAAAUACGUUUUAACAACACUCGCACAAUACUGAGGAAUUUUAUUAUGUGUUGGUUGCAAGUUAGGUUUUAGACACAACUCCGUGGUAAUGAUGAUAAAAAUGUGUAAAGCUAGUAUAAGCAUAUAUUGUAAAAAAAUGAAAAUUAGAUUAUGUCCACAAAUGAGAAAGCAUUCAUACUAAAUUCAUCAAUUGAAUGUAAUUAUUGAUUGUUAAGAAAAUAAAUGAUGUGUGAAGUAAAAAACUGCAGAUUUGAUGAAAUUUAUUUAAAAAAUAUUGAUUGAGUUCCUAUCGUAUAACAAAAAAACAUUUUAGUAAUAUAUUAUAUUUAUACUUUCCCUUUGAAUAAUUUGAAUAAUGGCAUUAAUUUAAAUUAUAUUCACUAAUCUACAUAGUGGUCCAAUGAAUGGAGUUGAGGACUGUCAAAAAGUGUCCUCUAACCUUAGCCUUAGUAGUCCUGUAUCGACCAGGGAAUGCAUAUCUUUAUAUUAAUAUAAUGAAAUCUGUAGGCGUAAAUAAACUUAGUUAUAUGUAAAAUGUGUGGAAAAAUUGUUGGUCUAGAAUUUUAAGUACAAUUGAACAAUAUAUUGGGUACCGCAUGACCUUGUUUCCCGGGUCUGUUAUAUUGUUGAUACUAGUCAGAUUAAUCGUAUUAAUACCCACCCCACCAUCUUGCCCCCUCUCUUAUUCUGAAAGAAGCAUUCCAUACAAAGAUUGUAAUUUACCUGACAACGUACUUAGAUUUAAAAUAAACAUUGUAUAGGGUCCAAAAGAUGGGAAAUAAAUAUGUAUUACAUGU